GGCACUUCCCUGAGCCUCAGCUGCUCCUGAGUUUGUCCAGUGCAUUUAUGCCUCUGCUGAUGUGAAAUCUCUUUCUAGAAACCUCUUCCUCCUCAGGAACACCUGGACAUACUCCCGGCUGGGGGAACCGGGCCUUCACAAUCUUCUCACUCCUCUCCUCCCCUCCCCUGGCUGCAUCCAGCCCUCCUUAGGACUCAGCCUGGGGUCUGAGAAUGGACGCGGCUGCCCCACCCAGCCCGGGAGCGGACAGGCGGAGGCAGGCGGAGCGCGCAGGUCUCGGGGCCGGGAGAGGGCUGUGGACAGGACCAAGCACGUCUGGGAGCCCCCAGGGCGCACAUGAGCAGAGCCAGGGGACAGGUCUGCUGAGGCUCCUCCUGCUGGGGAAACGUGGCUCAGGGAAAAGCGCCACCGGAAACACCAUUCUGGGCAGAGCAGUGUUCAAAUCCGAGUUCAGUCACCACAUGGUGACUCAGUCGUGCCAGAGAGAGAGCGGGGUCGUGAGAGGGAGAACGGUCACAGUCAUCGACACUCCUGACCUCUUCUCCUCACUGGCACGGACCAGCGCUGACGUCAGGCAGGGCCACCUGCAGAGAUGCCAGGAGCUCUGCACUCCAGGCCUCCACGCUCUUCUCCUGGUCACCCCCAUUGGUCACUACACGGUGGAGGACGAGGAGACCAUUGAGGGCAUCCGGAGGGCGCUUGGGGCUGAAGCCAUGAGGCGCAUGGUUGUGGUCUUCACGCGGGCGGAUGAGCAGGACCACGGCUCGCUGCAGGAUUACAUCGACAGCAAGGAGUCUCUUCAGGAGCUGGCUCGAGCUGCUGGGGGAGGCUGCUGCGCUUUCAACAACAAGGUGGACGAGGGGCAGCGCGGCUCGCAGGUGCGCCAGCUCCUUGGCAUGGUCCAGCGGUUGGUGGAGAAAAGUCCUCGGCCAUAUCUUGUGGACUUCAUAGAAGACAGCCGACUCCAGGCUUACGGGCAUGAAGCACCAAGUCAAGGAGGGGAACGUCCAUGUGAAACCUUGACCAUCGUCCUCGUGGGGAGGAGCGGGGCUGGCAAGAGCGCCACGGGGAACAGUGUCCUGGGGAGGACCGCCUUCCUCUCUCAACUCCGAGCCCAGCCAGUCACCGAGACCUGCCAGAGUGGCACCAGGAGAGUGGACUGGCAGGACGUCGUGGUUGUGGACACGCCGUCGUUCCACCAGAUGCGAGGUGUUCCAAGGGACCCUUCCUGGAUAAAGGAGCAGGUCAGCCGCUGCUGCCCAAAGGGGCCAAAGAUUUUCGUCUUGGUUCUCCAGGUGGGACGGAUCACUGAAGAGGACAGAAUAGCAGUGAAGCAACUUAAGACCGUUUUUGGGAAGGAUGUCAUGAAAUAUGUGAUUGUGUUGUUCACACGGAAGGAAGAUCUUGGGGAUGACAAGUUUGAAGAUUACAUCAGUGCCACAAAAAACAAAACCCUUAAAAAAAUACUCCGAAAGUGUAAGGGGCGAGUCUGUGCUUUUAAUAACAGAGAGACUGGCCCAGCCCAGGAAAACCAGGUGAAAACACUUCUGAAAAUGGUCAAUGAUCUGAGAAAGAACUUUGAUGGGCAUGGGUAUGACUUUGAAAGGGGUGAUACAAGAAAGCCAUUUAUACAUGUCCAUAACUAGCUUAAUAUAAAAAAACACUUUCCAAGACAUUUAAAAUGUGCUAAAACGCACAGUGAACAUAACCAGUUAGGGUCUGCAUAAGGCAGGAGUGAUCAGGGAUGGGCGUGGAGGAGUGUGACAAGAAACCCAGGAAAAAAAUAAUUGUUUUUGUGUGUCUUACUAUGAGCUAUGUUAGCUCCAGGAGUCAUCAGUCUGGGGUGGGUUGGCAUCAGCAUUCCAACUUCAUUCAGUCUUUCUUCCCCACCUUCACUAGAGUGGUUUUGAAAUGUGCUUCUUGGUUCCAAGGCCACGGUGUCCUACCACAACCCAGGAAGUUCUCUUGAGAGCUGCUUGAGGUGGGCAAUAUAUGAGAUGAGAAAUAUGAGAAUCUUCUUCAAGCUAUAAAGAAGGUCAGGUGCUUCAUAAUAUCACAAAUAAUCUGUGCUUUGAUGACAGGAUCUAUGUCAUCUGUGUUUUUUCUCUCUGACGGUGUUAGUGCAUCAAGAUCAAAUGAUUUAUAAGAGAAUGGACUGCCACCAUGAAUAUUCAUGAUCUAACCCAAAGUCCAGGAAGUGAUCCCACUAAUACAGUUGAAUGCUACCUGCUUCUUAACACAUUAACUUCUCAGAAAUGUGUGUGUAAAUAAAUUAAAUUGAACCAA